AUGACCUUCGAAAUGGAAGGCAACUCGAACCAGAACGGCACCCAAGUCGGUUCCGUAGGUAACAACUCGACCGUUACAUCUGAGCAUACAGACAACUCACAGUAUAACGUCACGGUCUACUACAACAGCCCGACAAAAACGGUUAGUGAUGCUGGUGACCUCAGGAUAUGGCUUGAGCGAAAAGAACAUUCUGUCGAAGGCCACACGGCCGAGUGCAUUCUCACAUUCAACAACCGCAUUAUCUGGGGACCUCAGUCCUGCCAUGACAACACGUUUCGAUUAAAGGACGCCUUGUUUGCUGUCGACCCCCGCUUCCAAAUCACGCUUCGUAAUAAGCGCAAGUCGAUGGAAGGACACACAUACUCUCUCAGCCUCAUGGCUGAUGGCCACCUUUACCUAGAUCGACUAUCCACCCAUGAGAAUAUGAUCGGCCUAUGCCAGGCUAUCAACGAUUGCUUACUCGCUGAAAAUAACGCUACCUGA